AUGCCAACUGAGACAGACGGCAAACAUGAAGCGGAAAAAGAAGCUUUGGAUUUCAACAUAAUGUACAGAAGUGUCCUUGAUAGUUCAGAGAUCCCUAAGCUUGAGAUCCCAUUCACAGUACAGGAUAUCAUCAGUAGAAUUGAGGAAGCACAGCACUAUCGAGCCAGAGAGGACCUUAAUAUGCAGCUGAAUGACAUAAUGGUUAAUGUGCAAAGGAUAAUAAAUCGAUAUAGUAUUGAUGAGAAUGUGCACUCUGGAAGGAAAAUAUCCCUUUCAGAACAUAAGAAAAGGAGACCAAGUUUGCUGGAGAAAAUAGUUAAUUGUGCUAAGGCUGCUGAAAUUAAAGAAAAGACUCUUGCCUUCCUCCUGGCCUGGUUAGAAGAAUGGAAUGUCAUUUUGUCUGCGAUGACUGCAAUUGACAUCGAUGAACACCACCACUGGAUAGCACAAAUGGAGAUGUUACCGGAAACAUUCAAAACCAUCGAGAGCAAUGUCAAGCUACUGACUAAAAUUAGAGCAUCUCUGCUUGAAGAAAAGAAGAAACAAAAGAAAAAAUCAGCGUCUAGAGGUUCUCUGUGGAAAUCUUGGAAAGAAAGAGUUAUAAAGCGACCUGCAACAGCUCAUGCUUUAAGACCAGAUCAGAUGAUUAGUGAUGAAUUUGCAACAAACAGAAAGAUUUCAGAAAUCCAAGAUAUGCUGCAGGAACUCAUAGGUACUGCAAUGUUCAAUAAAUUGGAAAACAAUGCUAUUAAAUAUAUAUCAUCAACAAUAGCAAACCUUUCUAAAGCUUUAAGUACACUAAAUGAUGAAGUGAAAAUUAUUAGCCUCCAAGGUACCAAUAUGUAUAUAAAUGAGACAGACGAAAAAGGAAUUUCUCUGAAGAUAAUACAAGAUCUCAGUGAAAAAAAUGAAAUGCUUCAGCAGAAACUUCAAAAAGCAGAAGAAAACUAUGAACAACUUCUUCGAUCCAGAGGCGCAGAACUCAAAGCAUUGCCCACAUCAGCACUGAAAGUGUUACCUGAACCUUCUCGAGAGUCAUCCACGGCCACUAGCCAAGGUGGCAUAGAAGACAGUAUAGACAAUAUUUUGGUCAAUGAAUUUGCAAACAUUGUAGAUAAGUCCCAAAGAAAAGGGACCACACCUCUGGGGAGAAGGCCGAACUCAGCUAUUUCACAUGCAGGCCCAGUGAAAAUGUUCCCUGAUUUAACUGAGCAGCAGCACCCUUUACCUGAAAAAAAACAGAAAAAGUCUUCUAAAGAUAUCCCUGAAGAUAAGGUAUCAGUGGAGGUUCAGGAAGAUGGGCCUGAUCAGCAUCAGUCACAGAAACGAAAGCACACAAAAGGCCCAUAUGUGAAGGAGACCUCUGAAUCAACUCUGAGUGAUGACAAAGGUAAACAGAAAGCCUCUGGGACCAAACUCGAUCACGACUUGGACUUACAAGCGCUGGAAAAGAAAAGAAAAGAAAAGAAAUCCUUUUCUGAAGCCAAAUCAAAGUCAGUUCCUGAAACAAAAAGCCAACAUCCCCCUGCCGAUUUUCCUUCUAUGGACACAAAGAGCCAAGGCAGCAGAGAUGGAACAAGCGGUAUAUGGGAACUGCUCAGGAAGGCCAAACUUGAACCUUCGCUUAGCAAAAGUCCCAAUGCUUCAGAGAAAAAAGAGGAACUCACCCCUGUGUCAAUGGAUAAAGAGGGCAAAAAGGAGGCGGCAAAAAUGAGUAGCCAGGUAGAGCCAUCCAGUGUCAGCCAACUUGAUUAUUCCUCUGAGAAGGUAAAACUAAAAGGAAAGAAACAACAAAUCUCUCCAGGAACCACUGCAAGCAAAGAAGAAAAAACUGAAGAAAAGGAUAUGGUGGCGCUCGCCCAGACAGUCAAGUCUCAUGAACUUGUUAAAACACAACCUAGGAUAACUAAAGAGACUUUAGGAAUUGCAGAUGACAAAAGUGAACAGAGUAACCUGGAAGCAUUUCAGGAAGCCAUAGUGUCAUUCCUAAAAGAGAAAAUCGAUGCCACAGGAAAGCCUUUGGAUAAAAAGACAGUGCCAAAAGAAGAGUUAUUAUUAAAGAGAGCAGAAGUUGAAAAAUUAGGAAUCAUAAAGUCAAAAAUGGAGGAAUAUUUCCAAAAAGUGGCUGAAAAUGUGGCAAGAAUCUUGAGAAAGUACAAAGAUAUAAAAAAUGCAGUUGGAGAGAAACCUAUGAAACAAAAAAAGGUAGUCUCAUUUAUGCCGGGACCACCUGUUCAGAAGUCGCUGAGCGCAAGGUCGGAAAUUAACACCUUACUUUCACAUGAGAGCCUUGACCCACUAACUGAUAAUUUAAUACAAAUGAUCUUGACUGAAAUCGAAAGUGAAGGAGAUAUCCCAGCAGCCUCAACAGUAGGGCGAGAUCAUAAGGAGAAGGAAAAGCAAAGGAGGGAGGAGUAUUUGCAAGAGGGUCGACAAAAGAAUUUUGGUACCAUUUUGAAACACCAGUUGCAAGAAGAGAGGAGCUAUGAGAUGAUAAAUAAGAAUUUGGAGAAGGAAGGCGCAUGGCUCCCGAUGAAGGAGGAAAAGCAAGAGCAACAGAAGCAGAAACAGUGGCAGGAAGAAGAGGUGUGGAAAGAACAGCAAAAACAAAGGAUGUCAAAGCAGAUUGAACCGGGUAAGAAGAAAAAGCAAAGGGAAGAGGAGAAAGAAAGGCGUCUGGAGGCAGAGGAGCAGCAGCUGGAAGCAUGGAAGCAAAAAAUGAAAGUACAAGAAGUACCUCUGGAGAAGGAGAAAGGACAGCAGAUGAUACAGGUUCAGAAGAAAGUGAGGUAUCUGGAGCAAGAGAGCAGUUGGAAGGAAGCGGAGGAGAAGCAGAAGCCAAGGAAAAAGGCAGAGGACCAAAAAAGGCAGACGCAGAAAACAGCAAAGGAGAUGAAGACUUUACAAGAACUAGUCCAGGCGCUCAGUCAAACGUCGGUGACAUGGUCUCCCAGGUGGAAGAGCACACCGAAAGCCACAGCCCAGCUACACCAAAGAAAAGAGUUCGAUGGGAAUCUGAAGAAAUUAGGGGCUCUUCCCGAAGGAAAGUACCCCGUACCAAUUGUUCCUCCCAUCUCCACGCGACCUUCCUCACCUGGGGGCUUUUCUAUUUCUGGACAGCCUCCCACAAAGUUAAUCACUCUCACCCCUCAGCAGGCCCCCCUUUUUACCCCUGAAGAGGCCCAGGCACUGGGAAUCACUCCCACUUCUUAUCAGGUUCAGGCAUUGGGGGAAACUCCUACUCCUAAAAUGUCUCAGGGUUUGGGAGCAGCCCAUACUCCUGAGCAGGCCUGGGCACUGGGGUUCCCUGUCACCCCUGAGCAGGCCCAGGCCCAAGGCAUCACCCUCACCCCUCAGCAAGUCCAGGCACUGGGGACCCCCAUCAUCCCUGAGCAGGCCCGGGCACCAAGGAUCCCCGUCACCAUUGAGCAGGCCCAGGCACUGGGGCUCCAUGCCACCCCUGAGCAGGCCCAGGCACUGGGGCUCCAUGCCACCCCUGAGCAGGCCCGGGCACUGAGGAUCCCCAUCACUGCUCAGCAGGCCCAGGCGCUAGGGAUCCAUGUCACCCUUCAGCAGGUCCAGGAUUUGGGGGCUCCUUUCACUUUAGGACAGGCUCAAGCGUUGGGUGUUUCUCUCUCCCCAGAACAGUUUGGGGAAUUAGGGGUCCAUCUCACCUCAGAUAAAGCCUAUGCCUCAAAAUCUGCCCAUACCCCAGAACAAAUCCAACCUUUAGGAGCCCCCUUUACCCUAGGGCAGGCCCAGUCCAUGGGUGUUACUCUUCUGUCUGAGCAGGACCUGAUAUCGAGAGCUUCUCUCAGUGAUGAGCAGCCCUCAAAGCCCUGGGCUGGUUCUCCUUCAGGACACACCCUGGAAGCUGGGAUCUUUACCAUUACUGAUAAAUCUGUCAUCUCACAUGCUCCUCGCAUUCCUAGGAAGUCCCCAGCAUCAUCUGCUCCUAUUGCUGAGAAGUCCCUGAGGUUUGAGGUCCCUUCUACUACUUUGCGGACAUCUACAUUUCCUUUUACACAAUCUCCUUUUGUCCCUGAGAAAUCCCCAGGAAUGAGGAUUCCUUCAGACCCGAGGAAGCUCCUGGCACCACAAAUUUUUCCUUCCCCUAGACAGAUCCCAGUUUCUAAGGGUCAGUCCACCUCUGUUCAGUUCCCGACACCAGCUCCUAGCCCAAUAUCUCAGCUGCCUCCCAUACCAGGACAGCCUCUUGCACUGGAAGCCCUCUUUGUUUCUAGGCAAGGCUUCGUAUCUAAGGACUCUCUGACUCCCCAGUCACCUCUGAUGUUGAAGCCCCUUCUUGAUUCUAGACAACCCCUUAGCUCUAGAGUCCCAGCCACCUCUGCACAGAUUCCCAGUAUCGUGGCUCCUCUCUCUCCUAGGAAGCCUUUGGUUCCUUGGGCCUCUUCCAUCCCUGGGGAGCUCUUGGAAUCUAGACCCUUAACCCUCUCUGAGCAGCUUCAGGCAUCCCAGACCCCUGCCACCCAUGACCAAUCUCCCUAUCUACAAGCCUCUAAUAUCCUUCGGCAGCAUCUGCCACCACGGACUCUUCCUGGGCAAGCUUCCCCACUCUGGAUCUCUCCCAUACCUGGGCCUCCCCCAACACUAAUGGCUCCCUCAAUCUCUGGAAGGCCCCAGAAGGAUUUGCCAUCUCCUGUAUCUAAGACAAGUAAGGAAAGAUUGUCAACUAUUUUUCCUCUGAAAUCUAAAUCUGCAUUGGUCCAUCCCAGGGUGCCAAGUUUCAAGGCAUCUCAAGCCCCUUUUGCCACUAAGAAGUCCCAAAUAUCAGAGGUCUCUGACACUUCUGAAGAAACCCAGAGAUCCCGAGAUCCUUUUGCCAUGGAACAGUCUAGAACACAUCUCACUGAUUAUAGGACACCAGUAUCACAAACCCCUUACAUUGACGAGGAGGUCCUCCCAACUCCCAUUAAGCCUGUAACAUCGCUACCUUCUCCUAUGACUCAACUACCCAAAACAUCGCAGAGCUCGCCUUCUGAAUGGGACCAGACAUCCCGAUUUCCCCCUAUUGAUAAGUCCUGGAUACUGACUUCAGUUUCAGGUACCAAGAAACCCAAGAUGGUUGUAUCUACUUCCUAUACCCAAGAGCUCAAAGAGGAGAAGUAUUUUGUUGAUGUGGAGGCUCAGCGGAAGAAUCUGAUACUCUUAAAUCAGGCCACAGAAGCUUCUAAACUCCCUUCGCAGCUAUACACAACAGCUAAGAAGCUCAUAAUUGAGACACUUCAUACGGACACAGUUCGGCUGGGAUACCUAUUCCGAAAGUACAUUGCCUAUAGGCUGAUCCAGCGUGCAAGAAACAACAUAGUCAAACGAUUACAAGCCAUCCAGAAUACUGGGAGAGGCUAUGAGACUCAGAACCUCUACAUAAUGCUGAACAAAAUUGAUGACUACCAGAAAAAAGUGAUGCGGAUCUGGUUGGAGAAGCAGAAAUCUCUACAGCAGAAACGGAAUCAGUGUCUGAGGAAAACAAUGUACUUAUUUAGCCAGCUCCAAGAGAUAUAUAAACUGAAUCUCAAUCAACCUAUCCCUUUGAUCACGGACAAGAAGCAAGUACAUGUCUCUACCAAACUGGUUCAACAGCCAUUCCUAAAACUACUAAGAGAAGAGGACAGAAAGUAUUGCAUAUUCAAUAAAUUUGGACAAGAAGACCAAAUGGAAGCCAUCUGGAAUGCAGAUCUAUCCACUUCAAGCUACCCAAUCACAGAGAAGCCAUCAAUGUAUUCACUCUGGGCCCAGCUGGGUGGGUACCCAGAUAUUCCUAUGCUGCUCCAGUUAGAUGUUCAUUCUGUCUUCAGAAGAUCUCUUACAUGCAUCCAAUCAAAGUAA